AUGAGUGGACCUCCAAAAGACAAAAAGCCCGCAGCAGUGAUAUCUCCUGGGUUUACCUCUGCUGCCAACAGGCCCAAUCCUGAUGGUUCCAUGGGAUACUCUCACGCUUUACCGCUGGGAGAAACAGUCUCUGCUCCCCCUAAUGAGGCAUCACCUGUGCAUAGGGCCUCUGUAAGCCCUGCAGGUUCUCAAACUAAAUCUAUUAUGAAUGCAAGUGGAACUUCAGGGGCAGUCGUGAGUAACACACCAGAACCUGGACUGAAAAGAGUCGCUACAGUGACUUUUAGCGAUCCGAAAUCUUUCAAACAAUCGAGUCCAUCAGAAAGUGAUUUGGAACAGGGUCCAACUGGAAGAGUUUCAUCGGAAAAAGAACGAAAUGCACCUGCACCUGUAGCAACGGCUACAAGUGACAGACCCCAUAGACCAGCAGUAUCUAGUCCACUAAUGGAGUCUGAUAGGCCUGACGGUAGAUCUUCUCCAGCAAACAAUCAACACAGAUACCAUGCAGGUCCUGCUACAGGAAUAAAUGCAGGAACUUCAGUACAAGGGCCAUCCACUUCAGCAGUUGCUAGUGGUUCCUCAGAGCAACAACGUUUACUCACGGAGCGUUUGAAGGAGAAAAGGUUAAAUGAAUAUGAGCUACAUGCUCCAAGAGGCACAGCGUCCUCACACUCCAACCAGGAUGAGCCAACUGCUGUUACUGCUAAAAGCGAUGAACAUCCUCAUUUCUUUGUAGGAGAUCCAUUGCAUGCUCCAGUAACGAGAUCAAGAUCAAAUAGCUCAAGUCCCCGUUCCUCUGUGGGAUUUAACCAAGGAUUGGGUGCACCUAUCGAAAAAGAAAAUGUUAACAUACCGAAAUCUACAGAUACGAAUGCGACACCAGCUGGCGGCAUUCCAUUAGAAUCAGUAUUAGAAGAGCCUGGUCAAAAGAUUGCUCCAAAUAUUCCAAAGAGAGAAAAUGCUAAAAAUACCGAUCCUCGAUUACCUCAAGAUGAUGGUAAAUUGCAUAUUUUGUUUGGUGGCACUGGUUCCUUAGCAGUGUUUAAAAUCAAGGUGAUGAUCAAGAAAUUAGAAGAAAUUUACGGUAGAGACAGAGUGAGCAUUCAGGUGAUACUCACCCAAAGUGCUGAAAGAUUUUUCACAAAAAGAUUCUCCAAGAGAAACAGAGGUCUUGUCGAUGGUGUUCAAAGAGUCUCUUCUGAGGCGUCUCAAGAUGGCCGUACUCAACAGGGAACCCCACAGCACCAACCAUUACCAGCGCUACAACAGCCUUUACCGGUGCGUUCGCAAUCACAGGAAAGACAACAACCAUUUCCUGUACAGCAGCUAACACAACAACUGUUGCAACACCAACAACAACAGCAGCUACAGCAGCAGCAUCCACAGCAGCUUCAACAACAACAACAGCAGCAACAACAACAGCACUCGCAGCACUCGCAACAACUUCAUCAACAGCAUCAACAGCAACAACAACGUGUCUACAGUAAUUCUAGCAUACCACCUGGAACGCCUCCACAGGGUUCUUUGGCCGCUACACAAGCAGAAUUGCCCCCUCAUAUUCAAGUGUGGGUUGACAGAGAUGAAUGGGACGCCUGGGAACAGCGCACAGACCCCGUUUUACACAUCGAAUUGCGUAGGUGGGCAGAUAUUUUAGUGGUAGCUCCGCUAACUGCUAAUACUCUUUCCAAGAUUGCCCUUGGGCUAUGUGAUAACUUACUGACAAGUGUUAUAAGAGCCUGGAAUCCAAUGUUCCCCAUCUUUUUGGCGCCUUCCAUGGUUAGUAGUACGUAUAACUCAACGGUGACCAAGAAACAACUCAAGACCAUCAAGGAAGAAAUGCCGUGGAUCACAGUAUUCAAACCAUCAGAGAAGGUGAUGGGUAUAAAUGGUGACAUUGGUCUUGGUGGUAUGAUGGAUGGGAACGAAAUCGUGGACAAGGUGGUCAUGAAAUUAGGUGGGUACCCUAAGGACGAAGAAGAAGAAGAGGAGGAGGAAGACGAAGACGAUGAAGAUGACGAGGGCGAUACACAAGUGGAAAAGACCAAGGACGAGGACGAUGAUGAGGACGAUGAGGACGAUGAGGACGAUGAUGAUGAUGACGACGACGACGACGACGACGACGACGACGACGACGAGGAAGCCGCAGAAGCAGUCCAAAACGUACCUGGCCGUAUUGCCGUAUGA